AUGUCCGUACAGCGGAGAUCUUCUGGAUUAUUCGCCAAACCUUGUGGUAAGCCACCGGGGCGCAAAAAGUCAAUGGGAAACCGGUCACAAUCUUCGACUCUUCCCUUCGAUGUCAAACUGCUAGUCAACGAUAACGACGACGCGUCGUUGGAGGUGUUCAAAAUGUACCAUCACAAGCAUUAUUUACCACAUAAUCAGCGUAUCGCCAAUAUCGCUUGGCGAAUCCAGAACAAAAAAUUAUUGGAACGCUUACAAACCGCACCUCCAACGGUCCCCACACAAGCUGAUAUCUUCUCAGACCCGUUCUCGUCAUCGCUGACCGCUCAAGAACCAUCGCUUCAGUUCUUCAACGAUCCCAAUUUUGACGAAUUUGAUUAUGUCGCCCAUAUCCGCCGCAUCAGCCAAGAAGUAUACGGUCAACCGGGACUGGAAAAAGUGGUACCAGUAGAGGACCCGGGCCUCUGCUCUCCCGACUCCAAUCCAAACUCUCUUGCAUCGCAAACCUCAUCGCUUUUUUCCAGCUCGGUGCCCAAGUCCGCUCAUUCUAACACCCAGGCCGAUUUGGCCCCACGCAACGACGACGGCAACAUUCUUGCAUCGUACAUCGAUUCACUCGAGUCUUCCAUCAAAAAAUCGGAAAAUAGCCCCAAAAAAUCGUUCCAGUGUAACAACUGUCAAACCCGCACCACCCCGCUUUGGAGAAGGGCCAAUAAUGGAGAUCUCUUGUGUAAUGCAUGUGGUUUGUUCUACAAGCUCCACGGUGUAUUACGACCGGUGCAGAACAAAUUUACACCCAAGGAUCAAAACCAACCAGUAAUUCGUGAUGAUUCAAUACUGCACAACAACAUGAGUCUUUUCAAUAAUCUCAAGCAUGAACAUAUAAGUCCCGAUAUUGUAUCCCAUCACCAUCACUAUGAUACCGAACCACAACCUCCUCCACAACAAUCCUACGAAAAUGGUGAAAUCGACAACAUGCUCAAUAUGAACAUGUUUGAGUCGGAAAAUGUCCACAAGGCUAAUAAUGAAUGGAACUGGCUUGAUUUUGAUCCAGUACAGUAA